CGAGAGCUUACUUGAAACCUAGGGGUACCCAGAAUACACUGCGCAACCAGCAACAAUGGAGGCUAGAUCGAUCCAAAGCUCCCACAAAUGGACGUCGGAGGAAACCUGCCAGCUGAUCAGCUUUCGGGCUGCAAACGAGCUGAAAUUUUUGAAAUCCAAAUACGCUGCAAAGCAACAAUGGGAGGCACUGAUUAAGGACAUUGGGUUGGAGGAAAAGGUAACUGGCCAACAAGCAGCAAAAAAGUGGGAGAACUUGAAACAAAGAUACAAGGAACUACGAACUCCCAAAACAGGGUCAGGUACUGACCGGGGGGAAGUGACCGCUGCUACCUGGCAGUUUUACGAGGAUAUGCACGAGGUGCUGGGUGCCAGGCCCUCACUCGACCCUCCUGUGGUGGUGGCAUCCUUUAAUGAAGAUCCCACACCUAUCCGCAUGGAGAUUGUUGAGCCCUCAUCCCCAGCCAGCACGUCGGCAGUUGGUUUCGCACCCAGGUCUGAAACCUCUGCCAUGGCAGGCCCCCCAACUCCAUCACCCCACAAAAAAAGAAAAAGAUACAACCAGGAAAUCCUGGAUUUCCUCACUGAGGAGUCCAGUAAAGAACAGAGGCGCCACGAGGAGAGCGAGGCCAAGACGGAGAGGUUCUUGGUCCUCUUUGAAAAACUGGUGGAGAAAUUGUAGUUGGAAGAGCUUUGUUUUUAUUUGGCCCGUGUGGUUUGGUUGCUAUUUGCACUUGUAUUUAUGGAGUUAU